GGAGCCAUUCUCACCACCAUGCUGGUGUCCAGAAACUUCUCAGUGGGCCGGCAGCAUACCAACUCUGCUGCUGCCGCCUCCUCCACGGCCUCACUGGCUCAGGAAGCAUGCAAAAGUUUACUCAACAAGAAAUCUGAUUCUGCCAAGCCUUCUACCAACAACAGUAAGAACAGUAUAGUGAGCGCCAUCAAUGCCCUGAAAGACACCAACAUGGCAACCAACGCCCAGAUGGAAUCUCAGAGCACAGUGGUGCACAAUCCUCCCGAUGGAGUCAAGGGAUCAACAGAAAGCAACGCCACAAACGACGAGGAGGAAAUGAAAGGUAGGAAAGCGGACAGUUCGGCGCUGAGUCAGAGCAGCGCCACAGAGGAGAUGCCCCCACUUCUGCCCUCACCUCAAAGCUCACCUGCCAUUCCACCGCAUGACGUAAAGCGCAUGGCAUGGAACAGCACAGGCAACAGCUCCUGUCCCGACUCAGACCACUCGCAGUCCUCCGUUCCCGCCGCUCCAAUAGGGAGCAGCRCUGUCGCUGCUAAAAGCAACACUAAGCUGACUCGUAAACAGGAGAUCAUUAAGAUAACGGAGCAGCUGAUUGAAGCAAUCAACAAUGGAGACUUUGAAGCCUACACGAGGAUUUGUGAUCCUGGACUCACCUCUUUUGAACCGGAGGCUUUGGGGAACCUGGUGGARGGCAUGGACUUCCACAAGUUCUACUUUGAAAACUUGCUGAGCAAGAACAACAAGCCCGUGCACACCACCCUGCUCAACCCCCACGUGCACCUCAUCGGUGAGGACGCCGCGUGCAUCGCCUACAUAAGGCUCACGCAGUUUGUGGACGCCACGGGCCGCCCUCGCUCCAGCCAAUCGGAGGAGACCCGGGUGUGGCACCGCCGCGACAGCAAGUGGCUGAACGUUCACUUCCACUGCUCCGGAGCACCUGCUGCGCCACUACAGUGAUCAGUGGUCCCGAGCCUCCAGUCUGCUGGAGCGCGUUUUGGGGGGCAGUGUUUUUUCAGCGAGCGUGUUUUAAGAGGUGCAUCCUCUGCGUGGAUUGGCUCGCGCCAGGAGCCCGGCCGGGCGAGAUCGCACCCCCCUCUCCACGUUACCAACCAAUCCUGUCCCUCCUUUGACCUGCUAGGGGCCGACUGAACACAAGAACCCGCCCCCACCUCAUGAGAUGAUGCAUGCAUCUGGCGCCUGAAUGGAGGGCGCAUCUUUGCCCUCUGCUCCUCCCCUGGCAGCCAUCUUUUUUUCUGCCUGCCUGUGCGAGAUGAGACGUCCCGGGAGAGGAGAGGAUAUACAGUUGAACUUGUGACAGUUUGAGUAUGAGUUAUGAAUAUACUGUGUAAAUUAUGACUAGAUGUACCAGAAACCACCAAAUCCCUACCAAGCAUUUAUCAUUAUGUAAUAAGGGAGGAGCUGAGACGAGAUUUCUGUCCAUGUUUAGGGAUUACCAGGUCGACCGUGUCGCGCUCGCUACCUGGAUGUUGAGAUGAAGGGAAAMCCUUUUUCCUCCGGUGAAUUAAGAGGCGGGGUGGGGCGGAAAUGAUCGAGUUUACUCAAAGAACUUGACGACGAGAGAAACUUGAUAUCAGAAUCAUGAAGCACCAAAGUGUAGAACUUUAGUGUAGGCUUUCUACGUGUUUGUGUUUUUGUUUGUGUGCUUGUUUUUCCAAAAAAAAUAAAAGUUGUGUCGUCGUGGGAUUGGGAGCAGGUGUUCUAA